AAGUAGAUGUUUUAGUGUUAAUUACCCUUCCUUGAAUGAGUACAGAGUUGGGGAUUUGUUUUCUUUGCUCGUAACGGAGCUAAUGAUGCUUUGACAAAGAACUACUAAACUUGGACCACAGACAUUGCUUUCGCAAAGACUUAAGUCAAGACGCUUAUUUUAUGUGUAACUGUGAAGGAUUCAGCAAGGCAAAGUUUCGAUUUUGUAAAGACAAACAGCUGAGAGAAAAAACCUCCAUGAAGGAAUUUGCCUGGGCAGAUUUAAAAUGGUAUAAGAUGACAAAAGACAUGAAGCAUUGCAAGUAAAAGCCAAAUACUGCAGGAUAUCCUGUAGUUGAAGAAUGGAGAUUAUUGGAGUAAUGUUUCAUAAAACAUAGUGGAAGGGAAAAUACCAAAUUAUUCAUGAAUGUAGUACUGUCAGUGGAAUAUUGUCCUGGUGUCUUUAACAAAACCGUACAAAACCAGACAUCAGCUGACUGAAGGUUCAGAUCUGAAAUGUAUUCAGAGUACUAUCAUGCAUAGUUUCCUGCAUUGUUUGGCCUUUUAAGUCUACAUUUACCUCCCAGAUGUAAAAUCAGGAGCUCAAUGGAUUCCAGUACCUUGUUUAGAAGGGAUGGAGGUUAACCCCAGCAUCAUGAAGAUUCGUAAGAUUCUCAGCCGUCCCUGUCUUUAAUGAUAGCUCUCCUGCAAUUACAAGGUGUCCCCAUUCCCAACACAAAAUGGGGAAUUCUGAGAGCCAGUACAACCUUCAGGGAUCCAGAAGUCCCAGUAUUGUGUUUCCUGGAGUCAAGCAGAAGUCCCUUUCUCAUAAGAUCCGAAAUGCACAUGCUAAGGAUGAGAAAGCUCGCUCUUCACAUGGCUGGGGACACAGUAGUAAUGGUACAAGUUUCAAAGCAAGAGCCUCAGGAAGAAGUUCCCUAUUUCAGCCAAAAGCUACUCAGCCCUACUUAUCACGUCAUUGUGACCCUGUGACCCGAACUCCCAAGAGCAAUGUGUAUGUCAAACAUAAGCCAAAUAUGCCAGGAAACAUCUGCCAUGGGAACAACACAUCACUUUUACCUGAGAAUUGCUUUCAUUUUAUUGACCUUAAAUCGAGAGGUAGUCAUGCUGAAACUAGGGAAUGCAAUGGCCAUGUUUUACGCAACUCUGGUGCACCUGAAACUGUAGCAGGGUCUGCAGAACUGGAGGACAGGAGAAGCCCUAAAGUUCUCAUUAAAACAUUGGGAAAGAUUGAUGGGUGUCUGAGAGUUGAAUUCCACAGUGCCAGCAGUCACAGAUUAUCCCCAGGGGACUCUAAUGGACCAGUCCAGUUGUUACGGUACUCACCUACUCCAGAAAUGUGUUCAGGUAAUUUAAAGGAUAUGCAGAGAGACUUCAAGUCAGAGUCUGGUGUGGAUCAGAGUCUUUUGCCUUGCAGUUCUAGACUGAUGUUCAGCAAAGGAAGUUCAAGUUCAGACUGCUCAUGGUACGACUCCCAUUGGAACAGUGGUAAGGAUUCUAAUGAGCUGGACCAUGCUUAUUUGACUGCUACCUCCACAGACUCAAAUAUAUACAACAAUCUUUUACCAAAUGACAAUGUUAAACUUUUUAACCAAAGGUCAUCACUUUCUUCCCUUCGUGAACUGUACAGGGAUUUGCACUUUAAUAGCAUGACCUCAGGAAAACAGCAUUCUGCUGAAUACCUUGGUACAUCUAUGAAUAAUCGGGUUUCUUUUGAAUCGGACCUUAGUUUUCCAUCAAAUGUAGGACCAGGAGGCCCAUUGCAGUACUCUUCAUACACACUUCCAUGUCGCAAGUCAAAACCAUUGACAGAAGAUGCUUCUAGAAAAGACACCUUGAAAAAUAGAAUGAGACGCAUUAGUGACUGGACUGGUAGCCUUUCAAGAAAGAAGAGAAAACUACAGGAGCCCAGAUCAAAGGAUUUCAGUGACUGCUUCGAUAGUGGAGUUGAUGGCCUCACUGUGGAUACUUGUUCUCCAUCUCAACAAUCCAGCUCUUUCUUGACAUCUGGUUCUUCACACACGCUGCCUUUAAGAAGUGAAUCCAGCAAUGCAAUCAGCAGUGAUACUGUGCGGCAGAACAUUUAUGAAAAUUUUAUGCAAGAAUUGGAAAUGGGUCAUGCUAAUGUAGAACAAACAGAAAGGUCCACAGAAACGGAAGAGUCCAGCAGUGACUCCUUUAUCUCUGUAGAGCACUUGGAUUUACUGUUUGAAAAAGAGCAAGGGGUAGUCCGUAAGGCAGGAUGGCUGCAGUUUAAACCUCUGAUUACUCUGCAGAAAGAGAGAAAACUUGAACUGGUCCCACGAAGAAAAUGGAAACAGUAUUGGAUUACACUUAAAGGUUGCACCCUGUUGUUUUAUGAGACAUAUGGGAGGAAUUCUGCAGAGCAGAAUGCUGCACCCAGGUAUGCCCUGUUGGCAGAGGACAGCAUAGUGCAAUCUGUUCCUGAACAUCCAAAGAAAGAAAACGUUUUCUGCCUAAGCAAUGCCUUUGGAGACGUCUACCUCUUUCAGGCUUUAAACCAAACAGAUCUGGAAAAUUGGGUCACAGCAAUACAUUCAGCCAGUGCUUCUCUUUUUGCAAAAAAACAUGGGAAGGAAGACACAAUCCGACUUCUGAAAAAUCAGACGAAGAACAUUGUUCAGAAAAUUGACAUGGACAGUAAAAUGAAAAAAAUGGCAGAGCUUCAACUCUCAGUUGUGAGUGACCCAAAGAACAGAAAAGCCAUUGAAAAUCAGAUUCAGCAGUGGGAACAGAAUUUAGAAAAGUUUAACAUAGACCUGUUUAGAAUGCGUUGUUAUCUGGCUAGCCUUCAAGGAGGGGAGUUGCCUAAUCCCAAGAGCCUUUUAGCAGCAGCAAGUCGGCCUUCCAAAAUGGCACUGGGCAGGCUUGGAAUCUUCUCUGUAUCUUCAUUUCAUGCAUUGAUUUGCUCAAGGGAUGAUACUACUUUCAGGAAGCGAUCCUUGUCCCUGUCUCAGCGAGUAAGAAGCAAGAGGGGAUUGUUUUCUUCACUAAAAGGUCUUGACCAUUUGUCUAGAAAAGGAAGAGAAAAAGGACCUGCAGUACCUCAGAUGUUUGAGUGUAAUGGAGGGCAAGGAAUUGUUGCUGCCUCAUUGCUUCCUUUAAAUCAAACCAAUUCUGCUGAGCAUCUUGAAGAAUCAGUGAAUGUAUGCUGCAUUCCAACUGAGGCUAGUUACAAUGAGACCUUCUCUGAACCCCUCCUGCAUGUCAUAUUCCCUGAUGGCAGUGUGAUGACCGUGCUUUUUAAACCAGAGUACAAGGUGAAAGACGUGCUGACUUUGGCGUGCAAGGAGAAGCAGCUAGAUCCCAGACUGUACGGUUUACUUCUGAAACAGUCUGUAGGUGGGACGGAAAAGUAUGCAGUACCUUCAAUGCACAAGUACUUGCACGAACAGAUCUUUGAUCAAGUGGAAGUUUUUCCGUUGCACGUCUAUGAUUUAAACCUUAGAAGACCUGAUGGAGUGGCUGAUUUUGGAUUUGCAGUGGCUGGACAAGCUGAUGGUCAUCAGUGCAGGCAGAUAUUUGUCAGUGAUGUCCUCCAAGAUGGUGUAGCAUUUAGCGAAGGGUUGCGAGUAGAUGAUGAGAUCCUGGCUAUAAAUGGCGAAGCUGUGUCUAAGCUUGAUCACAGACACGUGAAGUCACUCUUCACUGAGAAAAGUGUGACAUUAACCCUGAAGUCAUAUCACUUCAGUCCAAAACAUGCUUCUUCAUCUUCUUCCUCUAUCUCCUCAUCUGAAAGCAGCACUGACAAAGAGCAAAAACCACAUCUCCCUCCUUACAACCAGUCACAGCUUCUGGAAGAGUUUUUUGAUACCUUCGCAAGGAGUACAACAUCAGUUGCAGAUUUUGCAAAUGUUCCUGAUGUCACCACUUGUUUAACCAGCAGCGCAACAGAUGGGAGUCUGGAUCAGCUGGCACCAGGAGAAGGAAAUGAACAUUUAAAGAGUACAGAACAAGCUACUGCUUUCUAUCAGAGUUUGCAUGAGCUGUCACCAACCGAAAUGGAUGGACAGAAAGAAAUCUCUGAACCACCACUAAGGCCACUGACUCGACACUUGUCUGAUGCAGACCGGCUCAGGAAGGUCAUUCAGGAGCUUGUGGAUACUGAGAAAUCCUAUGUGAAGGAUUUGAGCUGCCUUUUUGAAUUGUACCUGCAACCCCUUCAGAGUGAGACAUUUCUUACACAAGAUGAGAUGGAAUCUUUGUUUGGAAGUCUGCCUGAAAUGCUUGAAUUCCAGAAGAUAUUCUUGCAAACUUUAGAAGACGGUAUUGCCACUUCCCCAGACUUCAAGACUUUAGACACUCCUUCACAGUUCCGGAAAUUGCUGUUCUCGGUUGGAGGAUCCUUCCUUUAUUAUGCAGACCACUUCAAACUUUACAGUGGGUUUUGUGCAAACCACAGCAAGGUUCAGAAAGUACUAGAAAGAGCAAAGACAGACAAAGCUUUUAAGGAAUUUCUGGAUGCUCGUAAUCCAACAAAACAGCAUUCUUCUACGCUGGAAUCUUACCUGAUCAAACCUGUGCAGAGAGUGCUGAAGUAUCCGCUUCUGCUGAAAGAGUUGGUUUCUUUAACUGACCCCGACAGUGAAGAACACUAUCACCUGACAGAAGCAUUAAAGGCAAUGGAGAAGGUGGCAAGUCACAUCAACGAAAUGCAGAAAAUUUAUGAAGACUAUGGUGCUGUGUUUGAUCAGCUGGUUGCAGAACAAAGUGGAACUGAGAAAGAGGUGACAGAACUCUCAAUGGGAGAACUUCUGAUGUAUGCAUCAGUUAGCUGGCUGAAUCCUUUUCCAUUAAUGGGUCGCAUGAAAAGGGACCCUGAACUUACAGUGUUUGUUUUUAAGAGAGCUGUCAUACUGGUGUACAAAGAGAACUGCAAACUAAAGAAAAAAAUGCCCACAAAUGCCCGCUCUAGCUAUUGCCAUGGUGACACAGAUCCAUUUAAGUUCAGAUGGCUGAUUCCUUUAUCUGCUCUUCAAGUCAGGCUUGGAAAUGCAGCAGGAACAGAGAAUAGCUGCAUGUGGGAGCUGAUACACACAAGAUCUGAAGUAGAGGGGAGACCAGAGACGAUAUUUCAGUUAUGCAGCAGUGAUUCAGAAAGUAAAGGUAAUAUAGUCAAGGUAAUUCGCUCAAUUCUGAGAGAAAAUGCCAGACGUAAUAUAUUAAAAGGUGAAUUGCCAUUGGAGAAAAUAUGCAAAGAUCGUUUAGCUCCACUGAGAAACAGAGUGCCAACUUCAGCCAAAUUUGGUUCAUCAAGGUCUUUAAAAUUAUCCAAGAUUCCAUCUACUGAGUGCAGCAGAGAGACUACAAAAAAGAAUACAGAUUCUGAUGAAUGCAGUCUAGGCAGCAGCACACACAGUAGUAGCUGCCAUACCACAGAGAGCAGCCUGGACUCUCAAAACUUGUUACAUGCAAAACCGUUCAAUAGAAAUACACGUGAUCUCAGGGAAUCAGACAUCCUCAGUGAUGAUGAUGAUUAUUGCCAGACUGUUAAGAAAGAAACUGCAAGUAUGGACAUAGCGGAUCAAUUAAAAAGUCUGACAAUUUGUGAUGGCCAAAGUGCUGAACAGAAGUUAGCAAUUGAAGCUGAUGCUACACAAACAGAGCAGGAGGCAGAGCAUCCCAGACUUGUGCGAGCACAUUUUUGCCCAAUAAAACGAAAGGCAAAUAGCACAAAACAGAAACCUGCAAUCCUACUAGCUAUGCAGGCGCAUAGCCGUUCUCUGGACAGUCAGUCUGAUGGAGCAAGUGUGGAUCUCAGCUCCAUCUUGGAACGAGAAUUUAGUAUUCAGAGUUUAACUUCUGUUGUUAAUGAGGACUGUUUUUAUGAACCAGUGGAGAACCAUGGAAAGCCAGAACUGCCAGCCCUCUGAGCAACAUUUAGCAAUGUCAACUCUGCAUGUACAUUUUUUUGUUUAUAUGUCUUAUUAAAAGCCAUUUGCACCUGACUUUGAAAAGAAAAUAGCAAUUGACAAAGACUUGCAAAAAGUCCACCCAUUAUUUGGUUCUGUGCACUAAAGGACCUAUUUUUAUUUUACCUUAGAAUUAAUUUUAAGGUUUCAUAAAUUAAUUUUAUAUACCAGAAUAACUGUUGGUUUAAUUUAUUGUGGUUGUCUAACACUACAUAAGUCAAAGAUAUGAUUUGUAUAUUACUUUGCUUGUUUUUUUUUUUUUUUGAGCAGGCUUCAAAAUUCUACCAUUGCCAACCAAAAUAAAGAAAAUCUUAAUGUUUUAGUGUAAAUUGUAUUGAAGAUAAGCAGUGAUUUUUGUGUAUAUUUUCACAGUAAAAUGCUAUCUUUGGCGCUGUAAAGACAUUUUUUGUGUAGACAAGAGUUAAAUUAUUUUUUCAGGUAUUUAGUAUACUGUAGAUCUUGCCAAAUGAGUAACUUAGUGCAGCUGUCUCCAUGUGUUACUGGUAAAAUCAUUUGGUUUUAUGUAAAAAGAUUUGUAUUGUACCCUUUUUAUGUUUGUUGGCAUUUUUAUUUGUAUACUGUACAGUAAAAAGUGUUAUACUUUUA